GGCAUCCACCAGGCUGCAAAUCUCUAUGCGCUGCUAUCCUUAUAGUCUGUGUGACAGACAUCCCCUCCCCCAUGAGCUGCAAUCCUUAGUUCUGUGUAACAGCCCCCUAUGUGCUGUAAUCCUAACUACAGUGUAUGUGACAGCCCUGCUCCUCCCCGCCCCCAGUACAAGCUCAGCCAGCGCUCAGUUCAGCUCACACACCAACUCGCAGACACAGCAGGAGAAGAUACAUCCUUCUCCCCACAUCCCUGUCCCUGAACUGGCAAGGGAAGCCCAUUUAAUCACUCAUAAGGCAGACAUCACACUUAGGGUUGCCAACUGGCCGGUAAUUUAAAAAUGAUGCUUGAUGCCAAUGAUAUUAAUAGGAAAAAGCGGCAAGAAUAGAGGAAGGCCGGUAUUUUUUUCCAGAAAAGGUGGCAACCCUAAUCGCACUAAGUAAGGAAUGCAGGGAACAAACUUCCGGUUUGUACCGGAAGGAGCCUGGAAAGGAUGCACGGAAAGAGAUCUGCAGCCUAAUGGAUGUAUUAUUGCUUUUUCUUUUGUCCUAUUAAUCCAUGGUUUCAGCACCUCCAAAUAAGAAUCACAGUUGUUACAUGGACAGACCCAGAAACAGGUGUUCUGUUUUUCCUACCACCUCUGUAAGAGUUUUUAAAAAUGGAGGAAAUUACUUUGAUGAAAUUCUGUACCUGGAACAAGGAUGAGAUGAAAAAUAAAAUACUCACUGACAAGGAUCCUGCUUCAGAAGAGCUACCUCAAAAAAGACGAAGAGGAAGACCAAAAGGAAGCAAAAAUAAGGGUUUCUGUAGAAAGAUACCCAUAAAGUUUGAAGAUGUGGCAGUUUAUUUCAGUGAGGAUGAGUGGAAUUACUUGGAAGAUAGACAGAAGAACCUUUACAGAAAUGUCAUGAUGGAAAAUUAUUAUAGUGUCAGCUCAAUUGGAUGUGCAAAGGAAAAGCCAAAUAUUAUUGUUAAAAUUGAGCAAGGAGAGAAAACAUAUUUGGGUUAUACACCUACUGAGAGAACAAAAUAUGUUUCAAUGCUGCGCAAUGCUAGAAGAGAUCAUCCUUUAGAAAUCCAAUCGUCAAGCUGGGGCUUGAAAAAUGAUAAAAUGCACCAGUAUUUCCCCAAAGAAGAACAGUGCAAGAGAAGGGAGAGAAGGGUAAAUGUUGUGAAGAUAUUACCUCAGAAAUGUGAACCUUCUCACCCUCCACAAGUGACAGAAGCCAAGUCAAGCCAACACAAAUGUGCUGUGGAACAAUUAUAUAGUCAAAAGAAGGGGUUUAAUACAAUAAAUCCAGAAAACAACAAAAAUAUUCAAGAAAAUGAAAGCCGGAGUUUUCUUGAUGAAGAUGAUGAUGAUGAGAAGGAGGAAAAUGGUGGUGAUGAUGAUAAUGAUGAUGAUAAUGAUGAUGAUAAUGAUGAAGAUUAUGUGGUUAAUACAAGUGGCAAAAGAAAAAAGCAUUAUAUAUGUAAUCAGUGUGGGAAAAGCUUUGGUCGCAGCUCAGUCCUUCGGAGACAUCAAAGAGCUCACUCGGGUGUAAAACCAUACCUUUGCACUGAAUGUGGAAGAAACUUUCUCCAAAAAUCCCAGCUCAUUGAACACCAACGAACUCACACAGGGGAAAAACCAUAUGCGUGUCCUGAAUGCAACAGAACAUUUAGCGUCAGUUCACAUCUUGUCCAGCACAGAAGAAUUCACACAGGAGAAAGGCCUUACGUUUGCUCAGAAUGUGGAAAAAGUUUUAUUCGGGGUUCAGAUCUUGUCCAGCACCGGAGAACUCACACAGGUGAAAGACUUUUUGCUUGUACAGAAUGUGAAAAAAGGUUUACCCAUAAAUCAGCCCUCCGCCAGCACCGUAGAAUUCACUCUGGGGAGAGGCCAUAUUGUUGUGAUAAAUGUGAGAAAAGCUUUAAUCAUAGCUCACACUUAGUAAGACAUAUGCGCACUCACACUGGAGAGAAGCCUUACAAAUGCACAGAAUGUGGGAAAACCUUCACUGAUAGUUCACAUCUGAUUAAUCACCAGAGAACACACACUGGUGAGAAACCUUAUGUUUGCAAUGAAUGUGGAAAAAGCUUCACUUACAAAGCAGGUCUUAUACUACAUAAAAGAACCCAUACAGGAGAGAGACCAUAUAUUUGUAACAAGUGUGGGAAAAGCUUUAAAGGGAGCACUCACCUUUUAAGACAUAUGAGGAUUCACACAGGGGAAAGGCCAUACGCAUGUUCUGAGUGUGGGAAAACAUACACUGACAGUUCUCAUUUGGUCAGUCAUAAGAGAAAACACACAGGAGAAAAACCGUAUCCCUGUUCCAUAUGUGGAAAAUGUUUUGCUAUGAAAGCACACCUUACACAACACCAAAUUAUUCACACUGGAAAGAAACCCUAUGAAUGUACUGAGUGCGGAAAAAACUUCACUUGGUACACUGCAUUAAUCCAGCAUCAGCGAACUCAUGUCGGAGAGAGGCCGUAUAAAUGCAGUGAAUGUGGAAAAGGAUUUGCACAGAAAUCUACCCUUUCUGUUCAUAAAAGGACUCACGGGGGACAAACACACACUGGAGAGAGACCGUAUUCUUGUACUGUUUGUGGCAAAAGGUUUACGCAAAGCUCCAGCUUAGCUCGGCACCUUCGAGUUCACUCAGAAGUAAAACCUUUCAUGUGCACAGACUGCGGCAAAAGCUUCAGCCAGAAUUCUCAUCUGGUUACACAUCAGAGAAUUCACACAGGUGAACGGCCCUAUAGUUGCAAUGAAUGUGGAAAAUCCUUUAGCGGAAGCUCAAAUUUGGUGAAGCACAAAAAGGUUCAUGCAGGAGAGAAAUCUUGGCACUGCCCAGGAUGCGGAAAAAGCUUUACUUGUAGCUCACAGCUCCGCACACAUCUUCGGGUACACACUAACGAAAAACCGUAUGCAUGUGAAAUAUGUGGGAAAUGUUUCAGCAGUAGUUCUAAUUUGGUAACUCAUCAGAGAGUUCAUACUGGAGUGAGACCUUAUAGUUGCACAGAAUGUGGAAAGAGAUUUACUCAGAGCUCAAGCCUUGUAGUUCACUGGAGAGUCCAUACAGUAGAGAAGCUGUUUACAUGUUCAGACUGUGGAAAAAGCUUUAGCCAUAAUUCACUUCUCGUCAAGCACCAGAAAACUCACACUGAAGAGAGACCCUUCGUUUGCAUGGAGUGUGGGAAGGGUUUUACCGGCAGCUCAGCUCUUGUUAGACACCAGAGAGUCCAUACAGAGGAGCGGCCUUAUACGUGUAGUGAAUGUGGGAAGAGGUUUAAGGACAAGUCAAGCCUUGUAAGACACAGUAGAGUACAUAGUGAAGAAAAGCCCUACAUGUGUGCUAGCUGUGGGGAAACUUUCAAUAAUGACUCUAAUCUUUUAGAACAUCUAAGGACCCAUACAGAUGAAGAGACUGUAACAAAUUAAUGUUUUGAUUUGGGCAUUUCUCUCAUUCCCUUUAAUUCAGUUGUUAAAAACACAAGAGUUGAUCUUGACAUAAUUGCACAGUAGAGGAAAGGAAACAAAGUAGAAUGGAACGACAAUAAAUAUCCUCUCUAAAUCCCACUAUUGUCUUCUCAGUUCAGUUUUAAUGAACUUGGAAAUAUAUAUAUUCACCACUGCUUCUUUUCCAAUUUAAAUUGCACUCUUUAUUUUUAAAUGCAAGCUUGUCUCUAUAUUGAUGUGAUCUGUUCCAUAUAGUAGAUCAGUGUUGGUAUCAAGAAUGGAAAUGUUAUUAAUCACAAAUGUCAGACAUGUAGCUGCAUUGAAGAUUAACUCAAUGUACGUCUGAUAAUUAGAUAAAUAUAUGCUGAACUGGAUGGAUUAGUGAAUCCAUAUUACCAACUGCUCCUAAAAAGUGUUGUUUAAAAAAAUAUUUAUUUUAAAUGAGCCUAUGAAAUUGACAUAUAGUUAUAUUUAAGUGAUAAACAACUAAAUAUUUAAAUGACCAGCAGCCCCAUAUUGGCUGUAAUUCAAUGCCCACAGGUUUGAGAAUCUUUAUUGAACCAUUAAAUAUGGCUGACCCUAGUAUAGUGCUGAACAAAUUAGUGUAACCCCCCCCCCCUUCCCACAAUGUUAACAGCUUCUUUGAAAUCUUUAGAUACCUGCCACUCUGGUUGUUAAAAGGUUAACAGUAAGGCUGCAGCAUUGAUAGCAUUGCUGGUUCCCAUAGAAACUCAUCUUUAGCUAUCUGAUCCUAAUUUUUUCUCCUAACCACCUCUCCUGAGCUCAGUUUAACCAUUACACUGCUCAACCUCAGCAGAACUUUUUUUCAAAGUAUCUUGUGCCUGUGUAAAGCUGCAUUUUGCAUUGCAUGAACUUUACAGCAUACGUGUCCUGUUUGCAGAUGUCAAUGUUACUGAUGAUGUGUCAGAGGGAAAAUGGCCGCCAGGUGAAAGCUGCUAUUUGUUUUAGGAAAAUGUGAUGGCGCUGGCAAAUGAAAGGGGUGUAUGCAUUACAAAUGAUAUGGCUUGGGUGGGGAAGAUAUGCCCAACUUAUAUGCAUAAUAGUAAAAUGUAGGUCUAAGCAACUUUUCAGUUGGCCUUCAUUUUUUCUUUUUUAUAGUUUUUGAAUUAUUUGCCUUUCUCUUCUGACUCUUUUCAGCUUUUAAAUGGGGAUCAUUGAACCCCACUAAAAGCCAAAUGCUUUAUAAGGCUACAAAGGUAUUGUUAUUAUUACUUUUUAUUGCUCAUCUUUCUUUUCAAGCCCUCUCCUAUCAUAUACCAGUCUCUGAUUCAUAUCAGU